AUGGAUGUUGUCUCCAACAACGAUCCAUGGUUAACUACCAACAUUGAUGCAGCUGGUAGAAAAAAUCAACCAAUUUGGGCAACAUUAUUUGAGAAAACCAACACCACAAGAUUUGACGAGAUUAUUGCCUUUAGUGAUGAACGAGGAUUCCCUGGCAUGAUUGGUAGUGUUGAUUGCAUGUAUUGGGAGUGGAAGAAUUGCCCAGCAGCAUGGAAAGGGCAAUAUCAAGGCCGAGCUGGUGUUGCAACAUUAAAUCUUGAGGUUGUCGCCGAUCAUGACUUAUGGAUAUGGCAUGCCUUUUUUGGGAUGUUAGGUUCCUAUAAUGAUCUCAACGUGCUAUAUCGAUCACCUCUUUUAGUUGAUUUGUUUGAAGAAAGGGCUCCACCUAUCAAUUUCACGGUGAAUGGAAAUCAAUACGGCAUGACUUACUAUCUCACUGAUGGCAUUUAUCCUAAAUGGGCUACUUUUAUUCAUUCUACUACUGAACCAAAAACAGCAAAAGCAAGGUUAUUUGCCCAAUAUCAAGAACCAACAAGAAAGGAUGUAGAACGAGCAUUUGGGGUGUUGCAAGCUCGAUUUGCAAUAAUUAGAAAGCUUUCACUUGCUUGGGAUGAAGAACGACUCUCUGAUAUAAUUACUUCUUGUAUAAUUAUGCAUAAUAUGAUAGUGGAAGAUGAAAGAGAUACAUAUACACACUAUGCUGAUGGUAGAGAAUUCAUGGGAGAUCGCCCAAAAGGUCAAUCGGAAGGUACAAGUGGAUUAAAUGAUGACUUUGAGUAUCACACAGAUAGAAUUGUUGAUAUCAACCGAUACUUGGCAAAUAAGGAUGAUGUUGAAGAUCGACAAACACAUUUAUCCUUAAAAGAUGACUUGGAUGAAAAUAUCUGGCAAAAGUUUGGAGAGAACCGCCAUUAA